CAAGUUGUUAUCAUUGGCUGCCUACAUUCGUAACGCAAUCUUUCGUCACACAAUACCACGAAUUUGGCAUCGACGUAAACUGACUUCCGCACUCUAGUGUCCGCAAGGCAUGUUGUUUCGUAUUGUAAUUCUGUCUGUUUUUCUUGUCUUCGGAGGGUCCAAAAUUGCUCACACAGAAAACCCUCCAGUUCCAGCUCAACCAGAGUGUUUGAUCAAAGGACGACCUCAAACAUGGCAUAUACUAACUCAACURCCAGAGGACAAGGAUUCUAGGAAUAUUACCUAUCAAGCACAAUACUGCCACCCAAGUACAACGACCAAAUUCUGCAUUAGAAAUGAAUUAUUUGAAACAGUCUGUACCUUCAACAAAACACACAGAAUCAGGGAUUCAUUCUUUCAAUGUGACAUGACAGAAGUGGUAUGGAGUUUGUAUCCAAACCUAGUGGACUCACGUUUACGUCCUAAAGUACGUGGAAAUACAUUAUGUACGGUUAUCAGUGCAACUAAUUACAAUGGGACAAGAUAUGGCAAGCAGAAAUGUUGCAGUGUCAGGAUAAAAACUGCCUGUACUGGAAUUUUAAAUCUUCAAGCAACACCUUCAGCAAAGCGUGAACUCAAUAUAACUUGGGAAACUCCAGCAGACAUCAGCGAUGGAUGGAACAAAGUUCUUGUCUAUGAAAUUCGUUAUACCGGAAACAGUGAAACUAAGAUUAUCACUUUUGAUCCCUUCACGGACAAACUAGACCAUCAUUCUCGGCAGCAUAGUAUUAUCCUCAAGGGUCUUCCCCCUUAUACUCAAUACUCUGUUGAGGUUUCUUGUUACUAUAUAUCGCCAUCUGGUAAUUUUGAUUCGCAAGUGAUGGCCCGAACAUUACAAGAAGCUCCGUAUAGUCCUCCUAUAAUCACAGGUAUCCAGACGAUGUCAUCAAAUAACACUAUGAAGUCGGUUAAACUCAAGUGGAAGCAUCCUCCCAUAAGCAAGAGAAAUGGGAACAUUUCAAAAUCAGUGGUUUCUUAUCGGAAUCAAAGAAAUAAUUCAAGUUCUUCCAGAUCUUUUCCCCUUCAUACUUACAAUCUGACUAUUCCUGGCCCUAAGAGUGAAACUGUUAUCGAAGGACUUGAUAUCAAUCUUGAUUAUUUGGUGGCUGUUAUGUCCUGUACUGUUGAAUGCAGCGUGAAAAGCUCGGAGUAUCAGAUCAAGAGAGAACCAAUCGGUCCGCUCCCAUCCCCAAACGCCUCAACUGGAAGCCCUUUAUCCACUGUUACUGUAACAAUCUUAGUACUCGUAGCAGUUUUCGUGGCUGUACUUGCGUUGGUACUCGCUUAUGCUAUCUUACAACGCAGGAAGAGAAGGAGAAAUCAGGUGCCCCGUGUUCCGUUACCAGAACCAGAAGACAUACAGGUAUCACACGCUACUUCAGACAGUGAAGUCAGUGACCACUUAGGAAGUUCUGAUUACGCAUGCCCAGUGCCCGUACUUACAUCUGUGGAAUCAGCAAAUCACGAGCGAGCAUCAGUGCUUCAGAAUGAAAAUCAUGGAGGCGAUAUCGAGAACAGAAUUGCCAAUAUGGAAGAAAUACCACUUAGUUAAAACUAUUGAUUUUAAUAGGUAAAGAGAUUUAAGGUUUUAGAAAAUUAUUCAAAUUUGCUGGAGAAGAGAAUUUAGAAAGGGAAUUCGAAGUUGGUAUUUUAAAAAAGAAGCUAAUUAGUAUAGGCAAUAAUGUUAUGGGUUGGACCGCUCUCGGUACGAGCUACGGGAUCUUUAUUCCACUUUAAUAAUAAUAAUAAUAAUAAUAAUAAUAAUAAUAAUAAUAUUUAAUGAGGAUACUCCACUCAUAAAAAUGAUUUUCAGGGAGGUCCUAAAAUAAAAAAUUUAAAAGAUAAGUGAAAAUAAUUGACCGAAUCGAGAACUCGGCCGCGAGUGCGCCGAUAUGUGGCCUAAGGCGUGGAAAAACGACCCGGCGCGACCUGGCGUGAUUCACGAAUUAGGAAUCACGCCAGAUCGCUCCGCCAACAACCCAAGCCCCACACCAGCGCGCGCGCGACCACAACGCCCCGGACUCUCUUCUUCUAUACUCUAUCUCUACUCUUCUUCUGACUAAAACUAAUUACAUGAGCUCUAUUUAUAAUAACUUCAUGACAGGUGUCAUUCUACAAUCAAUAUGAUGUUAUCGCUGAGUCCUGAUUGGCUAAUGGAAAUAGUAAAUUCCUAAGUGUGAUAUCUUAUUAAAGAAUAAUACGAGUGAAAAUCAUAGAACUAAACAUAGCUUAAACUAAAGAUAAUAUGUGAAUAUAUGGUAAAUGUAUAGAAAGGUCUACGAGGGAUAUUUAUAUCAUAAGAUUUAAAAGAAUAGUGCCAAAAUAACUAAGCAAAGGGGGAAAGAGUGUUUAGGGUGUAACCAGAGGUGUACAUGCUAAUGGGAGGAGCUAAGUGGUUUACUUGUAAAUUCAAAGCAUACCAUCAUCUAAACUUGUGCGUGAUGGUAGCCUUACUGAAAUCUUAUAUCGAUAUUUUCAAUGACUAAUUGAUCGUUCUUUAUCUUGUUUUCAUACGAUAAGAAAUAGUAAUUAGAAAUCUGAUGUCCAGCUUAGUCUGUAAGAACAUUAAUUUUCUCUCUCAUAACAAUAGACCCCUUGCAUGUGACGUCAAAGCAGCUCGAUCUGGGGGACAAAACAAAAGAACUCCAAUCUCCUGAGAAUUGGAACCUAUCGUUGUGUUCCCAAGAUUGAGCUGCAUUCCAAAGUGCUGCAAGGGGUCUAUAGCAUGGUUUGUUCGUGCAAGCUAGAGUGAAGUCAUUAAACCCAUCAAAUAGAGAUUAGACUAACACACUUUAGUAGACCCUAAUUCCAUUGUUUUCUUUCGUGUCUAUUUGACUAUUACACGUUGACUAAUAAUUUUUAUUUCAUGGGUUAAAUGCCUUCCCUAUAUUGUUUGUUUAUAAUAUGAGCUAAGAAAAUAAAGUGCAAUUUCGAUCAGGCAUCCAUUCGUUGAAGCUCAUUACGAGAUUCGUGGCGCCUGUUUCAAUCAUGUGACAAAAAUUUAACUGACAUUGCAAUCAAAAGUUCUCAAAGUUCUGAUAAAUUAUUUCCUAUUCUAAAGAGACUAAAAGUACAAAUAUAUUGUUUGAAAUGGA